CCGACGAAAUAAUAAUUAGAAUAUGUAAGUUUAGAUCUCCCUGCUUUUCAUGUAAACUCGACCAAGACUGCGUUGCUGAGUCACGGAAAUGACGUUCAUUCUGACAUAUCGUGAUUUGAAGGUGUUGAUAGAGGAUAUGUCUUCCCUGAUUCCCUUACUUUAUUACGCUAAAAAUGCAUAGAACUGUGGACUGUUUCACUUGUAUACCUUCAUUUCUAAGGGACGGUGUUUUACUCGAGUAAGUCGGAGCCCAGAGGAGGUAUUAGUAAGGCACUACGAAGGAGCUACUCGCGCUAAACACACUCAAAUUCAACUAUCCAUGGGUGACUUUGGCGGAGGGGGCUGUGAUUCUGGUGGGGGGGUUGGCGGUGGUGGUGGCUUCGGCGACGGAGGAUUCAGUAGUGGUGGCGGCGGCUUCGACGGAGGAGGAGGGGGAUUCAGCAGUUGUGGGGACGAUGGUGGCUUCAGUAGCGCCGGGGGCGAUUACGGUCAUGGCGGCGAUGCCUCGUCAUUUGGACCCGGUAGUCACACGGCCCAUUCGCAAGGUGUCGUCUUCGCCGGCUUCCAUGGUCGUCACGGAGCAGGUCUAGGUGGAGCAUCACUAAACCGACCCACAGGCCUGAACAGGCGUAUUCACUACAGAUCACCUGGGUUCAAAUAUGUCGGAUACCGGGCUAACAAUAACCCCGCGGCCAUGGCCAUGUGUCCUCUCAUAGCUGGCUUUGUUCUUUUGCUGCAGGGUUGUGUCUUUACCGGUAUAGGAUACAGCGGUAGUGGUCCACGAAUCCCGUUCAGUUUUCUAGGGCCUAUCUUAUUGUGCGUGGGUCUUGUUCUCCUCCUGCUGGCGGGCUGCUGUUGUAAAAAGGCCCAUGACGACUUCCACCGGCCGGGCGGACAGCCCACGGUACAUGUGGUGGGAUCCACCGCGCCCCAGCCGCCGGGAGUUCCGCCGGGGACAGGGCAGACCGUCGUGAUGAACCCGACAGUCGUAACUGGCGCACAGGGAGGUCCUGCCUUGCCGACCGUGUUGGCAGGGACAUCACUAGGACAGUACCCGCCACACCCCGCAAGGAUGCAGCCCCUGUGGCCUGGGACCACACCUAGCGACGGUCGCACGACCACACCCUCCGGGAGCCACGCCUACCAACAGGCACACAUCGGUCUUGCCCCACCCCCUUCCUACUAUGACGUUACCGGUGAAGACAGGUCGGAAAAGCCAUAGGUGACUUCAAAAGGACCUCCCUUGACACUAGAACUGUUGACAGCAUUGUACGUUUGUUGCCUUUCAAAGUCAAAGACAAGAGCGCGGAAAACAAAUUGAACAUGUGCAACUUAACAGAUGUGCAAUUCUGGAAACAAUAACUAUGAAUUGCAAAGAUAAAGAAAGAAAUCUUUAAAAAAGAUCUCACUUGAGCUAUUUUACAAAAAACUGAAUCUGUAAAUUUGAUCUA